UCGGUCUUUCUCUUCUCCCUCUUCCUAGCUCUGCUGAAGCGCCUGUGACCGUUUACCGACUUGAUUUGUCAGUGGUCUGUUCUCUACAGUAGCCUGCAGGGCGCUUCUGGGGGUGGGGCAAGUCUUUACCCAGCUCUGUGCUCCUGUCUCUCAGCAGCUUGCCUGGCACAGAGAGGACACUCGGACGUGCACAUCCUGUCAGGGUGGCAUAUGACGGGCAUGAAACAGCAAGUGCCAGCUGGCUGCUGACGUGGGAGGCGCCAUGCCGAGGGAGUUUCAUGCACUCUGUACCGUCCCCCAAAGGCUUCUGAUGACCGCAGUGUUCGCCCCAUUUUACAGAUGGUAAAACAGAGCUCUGGGAAAGAGUGAAUGAAAUGUGCGGCUCGGGGUGUCAUUUCUGAAGGCAGGAGCCGUUCUCUUGGAGAGGAGUCCUCAAUGAGCCUGGCCCAGGCCCGGGAUCUGUGUGAAGUGGACUAAGGAUUUAGUAGGAUGUCAACUGAGACAGAACUUCAAGUAGCUGUGAAAACCAGCGCCAAGAAAGACUCCAGAAAGAAAGGUCAGGAUCGCAGCGAAGCCACUUUGAUAAAGAGGUUUAAAGGUGACGGGGUCCGGUACAAGGCCAAGCUGAUUGGGAUAGACGAGGUUUCUGCCGCUCGGGGAGACAAGUUAUGUCAAGAUUCCAUGAUGAAACUCAAGGGCGUUGUUGCUGGCGCUCGUUCCAAAGGAGAACACAAACAGAAAAUCUUUUUAACCAUCUCCUUUGGAGGAAUCAAAAUCUUUGAUGAGAAGACAGGGGCCCUUCAGCAUCAUCAUGCUGUUCACGAAAUUUCCUACAUUGCAAAGGACAUCACAGAUCACCGGGCCUUUGGAUACGUUUGUGGGAAGGAAGGGAAUCACAGAUUUGUGGCCAUAAAAACAGCCCAGGCGGCUGAACCUGUUAUUCUGGACUUGAGAGAUCUCUUUCAACUUAUUUAUGAAUUGAAGCAAAGAGAAGAAUUGGAAAAAAAGGCACAAAAGGAUAAGCAGUGCGAACAAGCUGUGUAUCAGACAAUUUUGGAAGAGGAUGUGGAAGAUCCUGUAUACCAGUACAUUGUGUUUGAGGCUGGACACGAGCCAAUCCGUGACCCGGAAGCGGAAGAAAACAUUUAUCAGGUUCCCACCAGCCAAAAGAAGGAAGGUGUUUAUGAUGUGCCAAAAAGUCAACCAGUAAGUAACAGCCAUGCAAUUGAAGAUUUUGAAGAACGGUUUGCUGCAGCCACCCCGAACAGAAACCUGCCAAUGGACUUUCAUGAGAUUUUUGAGGUAACAAAGGCUGUGACCCAAUUAGAACUUUUUGGGGACAUGUCCACCCCUCCCGAUAUAACCUCUCCUCCCACUCCUGCCACUCCAGGUGAUGCCUUUAUCCCGUCUUCAUCUCAGACACUUCCGGCGAGUGCAGACAUGUUUGGCUCUGUACCUUUUGGCACUGCUGCUGUACCCUCAGGUUACGUUGCAAUGGGCGCCGUCCUCCCAUCCUUCUGGGGCCAGCAGCCCCUCGUCCAACAGCAGAUCGCCAUGGGUGCUCAGCCACCAGUCACUCAGGUGAUGCCUGGGGCUCAGCCCAUCGCUUGGGGCCAGCCAGGUCUCUUCCCUGCCACUCAGCAGCCCUGGCCAACCGUGGCAGGGCAGUUUCCGCCAGCCGCCUUCAUGCCCACACAAACUGUUAUGCCUUUGCCAGCCGCCAUGUUCCAAGGUCCCCUCACCCCACUUGCAACCGUCCCAGCCACGGGUGAUUCCACCAGGUCAAGUCCACAGACCGACAAGCCCAGGCAGAAAAUGGGAAAAGAAAUGUUUAAGGAUUUCCAGAUGGCCCAGCCUCCACCCGUGCCCUCCCGCAAACCCGACCAACCCUCCCUCACCUGCACCUCAGAGGCCUUCUCCAGUUACUUCAGCAAAGUUGGGGUGGUGCAGGAUACAGACGACUGUGAUGACUUUGACAUCUCCCAGUUGAAUUUGACCCCUGUGACUUCUACCACGCCAUCGACCAACUCACCUCCAACCCCAGCCCCUAGACAGAGCUCUCCAUCCAAAUCGUCUGCAUCCCACGCCAGCGAUCCCACCACAGACGACAUCUUCGAGGAGGGCUUUGAGAGUCCCAGCAAAAGCGAAGAGCAAGAAGCUCCUGAUGGGUCACAGGCCUCAUCCAACAGUGAUCCAUUUGGGGAGCCCAGUGGGGAGCCCAGUGGUGAUAAUAUAAGUCCACAGGCCGGUAGCUAGAUAGCGCAGGUCUGGGAGCUGGAGCCUCUCUAUGCGCAGAUCAACAGACCUAAGAAAUAGCAUCGAUGCAGGCUCGUGGCGGGUGCUUCAAGACUGCCAUGGACAUCAGCAUCGCCACAGGCUCUCUUGCGUUCUUUCACCUCACCUCACCCCAUGAAGAAAUCAUGAUUGCCCAAUGGAACUCGUUUGGAAGCGGGAACUAAGAGUUUUUGGCAACCAAUGGCAGAUAUCUAUGGCAGCACAAAAAAACCCCUCAAAAGUAUAAAAAAUCAUACCCAACAUUAAGUCACAAGUCAAGCAAAUGCUUACCCGACAAAUAUUCUGAGCUCUCUUAGCAUGGGUUUGAGAUGACCCGGUCUGCAAAAUCAUAAUUCUCUUUUUAUUUCUCUACCUGUUGACCAUUUGGAGUGACAGGCCUCAGAGAGUUACAACAGGGUUGGCACUGACUUCCUUUAGGCAAAGCAAGAGGUCUUCUGUGACCACAACAUCAUCAUCCAUAGGCCUUUUGACAGAUGAUAAUGUUUGUCAUGACUCCACAGGGCCCGGUCUGCCAUUUACCCCCCUUUCCUUUCUUUGUCAUGUUUGAAAAUUAAUGGGUGUACAAAUUUUUGUAUUGCUUUUGACUUUUUUUAGGUGUGGGUGAAGAAAUCUAACUGGGAAAAAAAAAAAGCCUCAUAUGAAAUGAAUUAACUUGAAAUCACAAGACAAAUAAGUGAUUGAUUAUUCUUUAUGAUCGAGAAGGUUGCCAAAACAGCCCUUUAGCUAUUUUGCAUCCUGGUGAAGAAAGACAGCUUUCGGUCUGAACCUUCACUCUGUGAGUAGGAGAGGACAUCGAAUCCCAUUGAUGAGAAAGACGAAAAACACAUCUGAUUUCCUAAGAAGCUCUAAACUCUAAGUACAAUUAAAUGAUAUUUUUUAUUUUUCCGAUAUCUUGCUGCUGUGACGCUAUGCAGACAAGUGUCUUCUCCACGUGCCAUUUUCAAAGAAAGUCAUUUGCCAAAUAAUCCUGGUACAAUCCUGGUAAUGUGGUUUUGGAUCUUAAAAACCAACUUUCUAAUGGAACAAUGGUGACAUGAAUAUUCAGAAUAACAAACUGAUUCCGUGCUCACGAUGGUUCAUCUCUAUCUCUUUUUGUACAUCAGAAAAUUCAAAUGGGAUUUUUAUUUUAUAACUUGAAAAAAAAAAAACCUUACCAUUAAACUCUUUAAAUAUUUAAGGGAAAUGGCUUUAAGGAGUUCUAAUGAAAAAAAAUUGCCAGUUUUUUUUGUAAAUAUAAAUGUUAAUGAAAAUGCUUUUUAAUAAUGCCAUUACACUGUAGAGAAGGUAGCAGGUUGAGUGCGAGAUGUGACACACUUGAUGGAUGGGGCUCACUUUCCAGAUGUUAUUCUGGAGCGUGCGGCAGGAAGCAGGAGUUCAGGGACAGCUGGCAGGAGCAGUCGGGUGAUCAGCAGCGAGUGAGCAAGAAGGGGGCCAGUGGCCCCACCGUCUCCUCUAGCCUUUCCAUGGGAGCGCCCGCCCUCUGCCUCAGACAAGAGCAAGACGGCCCCUUUCGGCAGGCCUGUCCUUCAGCUGCUGACACCCUCCCACCUCUCCACGCCCACCUACCCCCACAGAGAUCACGGGACUGUUUGUACAGGAGACAGAGGAGUUGAAGCUUCCUUUUUUUACGUUUAUGAGACAAAAAGUGCAGUGUUCAGUUCGGAUGUUUAGCACAUGAUUUUCAUAAAGAAUCUAUAUAUUUUUGCCCUACAGAAAAUUGUUCUACAGGUCAAAUGUGUUUUCCUGAUGUUCCUAUGCAGUUACAGUAUGUUGAAUUUAGUGGUUUAACACUAAGAAGAAAACUUUCAAGAAUCAUGUGGUUAAUUGGAUUUGGGGUAAUUAUUAUUACUUGGUUUUAAAUUUGAAAAGUAGAAUUUACAUUGACAUGUUUGACUUAAAUGGGCCUGUAUACGUUGAUUCUUCAUAUCAAUGGAAACUAAAAUGAUUUGGAAGAAGGUGUGCUUGUUCACAGAGAGAAAAUUGAUAAGUCGAGUUGAUUGUUACUGUUUGAAGUCCAAAUUUUACAUUAUCAGGCCACUGGAAUCUAAAUUUUUUCCAGUUAGGUGAACUGACCAAAUGUCCAUUCCAGAACGUAUGUAAAUGUCACCCUGAUGUGGAAGGUCUGAAGAACCAGAAAGUGAGGCCCUUUACCUCCGUCCGCAGCGGUCACCUGGGGUCCACAUGAUUUCUCUGGGAAUUGCACACAUUUUGUGACUAGGUACUCCUUUCACAGGAAGAGGAGAAUGGGAAGGGUGUGAUAACCACGAGAGUGGUCCUGAACCCAGCUCGAUUGUGUUUUCCGGGGAUUCGAUGAGAGAGGCAUUUCCCAUGGGGAAAUAGCUUAAAUUGCUAUAUCGUCUGUGACUCCGAUUCUAAACAAGCGGUGCUAUCUCCUCCUCACUAUGGCUGUCUGAGUCUGUCUCGCAGUGUCGCACCACUAUACUGAUUCUUCGGGCGGCUCCUGACACGCUCGCGGUGAGCUCCGGCUGAUGCUGCUGUUUCAGGUACACCGUCUAGAGUUAAUUUCAUAGCAGAAAGUGACAGCCCGGUGGACUUGUCAUCAUUCAUUGAAUGCGAUGGAGGAUGUAAACUGGCUCUGAACUUAAGAUGCCCAUGUGAUGCAUUAAAGUGAGGGAAAGAAAUUAAGAUGUUAAACUGCCAUCCAUAUUAUCAUUGGCAGAAUUCUGACUUUUAACAAGCACUGUUUGGCAAGCUCAGAACCACCAAAUCCUAUAUCCCAAGAGGACAGUGACAUUUCCAAAUAAGAGCUGAGGUGCCGAUACCAAAAGGCCAUGGGGAGUCUGCACAGUUCUGGUUAGAUCGAUAGAAAAUCCACGUGUACCACUGUUAAUUCCUCAUCCUCCACUAGCACUAAAUUUGUCACUUUAAAUUUUGAAACCAGGGAAACGCCACCUGUCCUUCUGUCCCCAUUCCCCAUAGCUCUUCAAUCUUCACAUGCCGCAGACUUUUCUGAUAACUCGUGCUCAUCCCAGUGUCUACUGAAACCCUGUCGUGUGAUGUACCGGCACCUUCUUUUAAAAAAAUGUUUACUCUGUGGGUUUGGUUCAUUUCAAUUUCUGCAUUCUGACACAUAUUUUUUUAAUAAAGAUGAGAAAGAGAAAAUGACUGUUGCAGUACAUUUCUAGACCUACUUUAACUUUACCUCAGAUGACAGUUUGUUAACAUAUACGGACACAUUAUUUUUAACUUUAUGUACAACGCAUUCAACAGAACAGCGGAAUUUUUAGAGAUUUUCCAUUAAUUUCUGUAACAUGCCAUGUAAAACUGUUACAA